AUGAUUCGCGAUUAUGCUCUGGUUGUUCGUGGUCCUUGAUCAAUCUUUCUUCGUAACGUGAAGCCCAAAUCCCCGCUAACCACGUCCUCUUGGCUUCUAUCAUCUCGGCGGCUCUCGUUGCAAGAUUGUGGAGAAGGUGCCACACGAUUCCUUUGGAUAAAGGACGGAUUUAGCCCAGUUGUUAGCAAGACGCCCUCGCAGUGGCUGCCUUCACACGUUUGUCAUUGGACGGUUGGGGAGCACUCGUGGGCUUGCAACAUCAUGCACUGCUUGCGCUGGUGGCUCCCGCUGCUUUUGCUGCCGCUGCCAGCGGCAGGUCCCUUCACCAUCGUGCUAUUCGUCGUCGCCUACGCCAUCACAACCAAACCUUGCUUCUACUGUGCACUACUUCUGACUGUGUUGUUAGCAAGCACAUGCAGUUGGUACAUGCCAGCUGAAGACCCUCGACCGCCGCCACGCACAGUCUGUUCAGCACCGUGGACGCCCUUCGAAACUCUGAUCGGUGCACCAGCCUACAUGUGCAGAGCUCGACGACCAGCCAAGCCAUCAACCUGCUGGCUUCCCACCAAUCGUCUGUUCGCCGCGCCGCUCCAGUCCAAGACCUCCAGAAUGGUCCCUCCCGUCUCGGAAAGGAUCGCCAACGACUUCGAUGUCAAGUGGCAACACGCCAAUAGCAGCAACUCGUCCUUGACCCACUCAUCUCCCGAGACAAUUUCGGCAAAGGCGGCUUCACUUGCCUACCGUCUGGCUCAGAGGCGUAGGUUGUGGUUCGGGGUCGGCGAUCGUUCUCGAGGACUUGGCUAUGAUCUCAUCUUCGGUUGGCUACCUCCUCCCAAGCAAUGACCUGGGGCACGGUGCUGCGCGCAAUCGAUCAAGGUCAAAUCCCUCCUUGUGAAAUGAAUCAGAUUGCUCAAGCUCACCGAGAAAUUGAGGAUGUACUAGUAUUACAAGAGACGAGAGACGGGAAGCAAAGUGAGGUUACAAGGCGCUAGAUACAGCAUUCGUGACUAAGGGGGGCGGCGACGCGCGU